GAGAAUGAAAUCUAUACGUAAACGAGAAGACGAAAGACAAAAGAGAUAUGAUAUUGUGAGAUACAUUAGAGAGCAUGGAUCAACGCAAAGAGAUUCAAAAAUUUGUCAAACGUCACCUCACACAAUAAACGAGCGAAAAAAAAGGAACACUCUGCCAUAUCAAGAAACGGAAGCUUUUAAAAGUCUUUUAAAAGAAUAUAAAGAGAAAGCAAAACGAGAUGAAGAAUUAACACCUGAAGGGUUUUCCGAAAAAUCUUUAUCUAAAGAGGAAUUACGCAGUGACUCAACGAAUGAUACAUUUUAUAUUUUCCAAAAAAACUUUCAUCCUAACGAGUCCACUGAUAAUGAUGAUGAUGAAACAACUAAUUAA